AUGGAAAGUCACAUAUCCCCACCGUCCACCAAAAUAUUUAUUAAGCACCACCGCCACUUGUUCAACCAUCACAAGGACGAAGAAAAGCCUGUUGACACCCCUGUCUACUCUGAAACGACCGUCUACUCUGAAACUGCUUACUCUGGUGAAACCACAGCUGGUGGUUAUGAAGCUGGCCUGGCUAAAACCGAAGAGGAUUACAAGAAGGAAGAGAAGCACCAUAAGCACCUUGAGCACCUUGGCGAGCUAGGGGCUGCCGCAGCUACUGCUUAUUCAGUGCAUGAGAAGCAUAAGGCAAAGAAAGAUCCGGAGCAUGCGCACAGGCACAAGAUAGAAGAGGAGAUAGGAGCGGCGGUGGCAGUGGGAGCCGGAGGGUUUGCAUUCCACGAGCAUCAUGAGAAGAAAGCAGCAAAGAAAGAAGAAGAGAAGGCUUAUGGAAAGAAACACCAUCACCUCUUCUGAUUCUAAUUAAUUACUAUGUGCUUUUAUCCUUUAAUAAUAAUAAUUUUAUUCUUCUAUAUGUUUGUCAAGAGUGAGCAGACCUAAAUAACCUGAAUUAUUCAGUGCCUUUUUAUUUUCUUAUUUGGUGAAUUUGUUAUCAUGUGUCCCUGUUAGGUCAUGCCGUCUGGCUUAAAUAUCCACUGUUUACAGUGAUAUUUUAAGAUGUGUUUUUGUUAUAUUUAUAAUAAUAUAUGAUCAGUAUGAUCUUUUAUAUAAGUUAAUUAUUA